UGUCAAGUUAUCUGACCAAUAGAAACACAUUUGUGGAGGAAGUCGAAACCUUAUUGGUUAAACUGACACGAUGGAUGAAGUAUUUUUGGAAGUUCAGCCCAUUGGUGCAUUCGGAAUGUCACGAGUAUUCCGAACACAAAACCCCCGAUUCCCCCCGUCCCACUAAAAAGUGCAAAGUGAAUAUCCUUCCACGGGUAGCAGAAGUCCUGGACUCCGAACCGGACGAAAAAGUGCAAUUCGUCAAUCUGCAUAAACGCUGGAGGGCUUCAAGAUAUGGAGCCUGCCUUUGGGGAGGUGAAUCAGCUAGGCGGUGUUUUCGUUAAUGGCAGACCUUUACCAAACGCCAUCCGGAUCAGGAUUGUAGAACUAGCACAGCUGGGCAUCAGACCAUGCGACAUCAGCAGACAACUUCGGGUUUCCCAUGGUUGUGUCAGCAAGAUUCUGGCCCGAUACAACGAGACUGGAUCCAUAUUACCAGGCGCUAUAGGAGGGAGCAAGCCAAGAGUCACCACCCCUACAGUGGUCAAACAUAUACGGACAUACAAACAGAGAGACCCGGGUAUUUUCGCCUGGGAAAUUCGGGACAGACUCCUAGCCGACGGUGUGUGUGAUAAAUUUAACCUUCCCUCGGUCAGUUCCAUCAGUCGAAUCCUUCGCAACAAGAUUGGAAGCUUAUCACAGCAUAACCACGGCGAGCUCAACAAACAGUCAUCCCACAUUCCGCCGCAGCCAUCGCUUUCUUGCAACCAUAUCUACUCGUACCCAACAUCCAUAACUACCAGAAAAGUGCCAACUCCACCUGGCAUGCCCACCCUUCCCGGACAUAUGGCAAUGCACAGAAUAUGGCCGUCCUCUCAUUCCGUCACCGACAUUCUGGGAAUUCGGUCCAUAACAGAACAACAAAUUAGCGACAGCCCGCCCAUGCACGGUGCCAAAGUAGAAGAAUGGACGACUAUAAACAGGAUUAAUUUUCCCACAACAAGUUCGCCGCGUGCCAAUGACUUGGAUAAACCGCACUUAGAACCAGACACAAAAUACGCGCAGAUGCCAAACAGAUUGUCCAGAGUGAGCAGCUGUGUCAGAGUACCCAGCCUUCCUCCCUACCAGCCGGCCACCCCAGCAUCGCCCUACCUGGGCUACAGUGCAGCUGCCUCGGGCUACAUGACAGGACCUGUGUGGCAGCCAGCCAAUGGCGGCGGCCUGUCCCCGCACAGCUGUGACAUCACCUCCCCACUUUCCCUCAAGAACAUGUCGGGUGCCAGCGAAAGCAGCCAUCGCGUGCCCGCCUCUGUGCUGUAACCCCCUCCCCUACUGUAUCAGGUGGAUUCUGGCUGGGUUUGCACCCCAGAAACUGAGCUACCACAUCGUUGCCUUGUUGACAAGGAUUUGACAGAGGAUCCAUGCCGCCCCGUCAACUCUCUGCACUUUGAUCCACAAGACAACUGAGCGUCCCAGGGGAUCGAAUACACUCUGCCAGAAACAGAUCUGUAUUUGAGGGCUUCUGACAGCAGAGGUCACCCCAUUGCAUUCUGGGCCAUAGUUUUCCUUUUUCAUUGUUACCACAGGAAUAUCCAUAACAAAUAGGCCUUUGUAUUAGUUUGUGUCCCCCUCCAAUAUUAAACUCUGCAGGCAUUUCAGUUUCCUUUAUGUUUUUCUUUUGAAAUGUCCUACAGAAUAGCAACUAUAGUUAAACGUAAAGAGUCAGUUAAAAGAAAUUAUCCAUCCAUUUACAACUUAUCCUGGACAGAGUCACAGGGCCAGGAGGGAGCCUAUCCCCAGGUAGGCUUAGGGCAGAAGGUUCUUGGUACACCCUGGACAGGAAAUCAGUCCGUCACAGAGAAACAUACAUGCAUGCAGUCACACAAUCACAUGGAGAAUUUAUAAAUGCCGUUAGCCUAACUGCAUGACUGCAGUUAGAUAAUCUGUCCAUCCAUCCAUCCAUUUUCCAAACCGCUUAUCCUUCCAGGGCACAGGGGGUGUGGAGCCUAUCCCAGAAGCUAUGGGCACAAGGCAGGGAGCAACCCAGGAUGGGGGGGCAGCCCAUCACAGGGCACACUCAUACCUAUGGGAAAUUUCAGUAACCCCAAUUAGCCUCAGCAUGUCUUUGGACUGUGGGGGGAAACCAGAGCACCCAAAGGAAACCCCAAGACAACAUGGGGAGAACAUGCAAACUCCAAACAUGUAACCCACACAGAGACUUGAACCCUGGUCCCAGAGGUGUGAGGCAAUAGGGCUAACCACUGCACCACCAUGCCGCCAACCUAGAUAGCCAGUCCUGGAAGUGAAUUCUGUUAUUCAGUUGAAAUUGUUUUUAUAAAAAAUUAGUUCUAAAAUGUAUAUUCUCAUUUAUUUAUUAUGGUGCUUUGGGUAUUUGAAUAAA